AUAAAUAGCUAAUCUUGUUUAUAAUCAGUUUAAUGUAAGCAAACUUUUUAAAUUGAAAAUGACUUAAGACGUAAAUGAGACAAUCCGACACACUUAUCUUUAACGAGAAAACUCGUGAAAUAAAAGCGAUUUCAUAGCCUUAUCAAUAAAUUUUAUGCCUCGAUCCGCUUCGCGGUUGAACGAAAAACUUCAAACUAGUAGUUUCAUUCCAACAUGAGAAUAAAGUAACAAAAUGUUAACUUUAUUUCUAAUAAUCACAUUGACCAACUUCAAAAUAAUAAGUGGCGUAGAAAAUAAUGACACCAAAUUUAUUAAUUCACUACCAGAAAAACAGAAGAAAGAGUUUCUCCAAAAAGUAGAGAAAAGAAUACAAAAUGAAGUCCCAGAAGUCAAGUCUCCAGAAUUAAAUGACACAAAUGUGGACCUUUACGAAAAGCAUUUAGAAGAUCAGGGAAAAUCUAUUCAAAAUAUUCUGAGAUCCGAAAUAGAAAAUCUUAAAAGUCAUCAUCGGCGAAAUUUAAAUGAUACCGCAAGAAUUGAUGCAUCCCAUAUUGACUUGACCCUGCGGGCUAAAAACGAAAAAUCAGAGGCAACAAGAAGAAAAAACGAAGAGUCAAAUAAUCCAGAUUCUGAUUUGCAUAGUAAAGAGAACAGUGAAAAACAUCCACAUUUAGUACCGGUAUAUAAUUAUGACCCUGAAAACGCCUAUUAUAACGCAAACGACCAACAAUCUCAAGGUAAAGUUGAAGAAGCGUCGAUAAUUAAAAUUCAAGAAACACAUUCAAAAUCCACCAACUUAGAUGGUUAUAUCAAUGAAAACCAAAACAGUUUAAGAGUUAAAGAUGUUAAAGAAAGGAUAUAUAACCCUAAUAAUAAAAUCAAACAAACUUCUGAUUUGUACGAUGUAAUAUUAACCGAUAUAUCUGAAGACUCUUCAGAAAACGUUUUUAUUGAAAAGCCUUUAAAACAUACUUUGAAAAAGAUACGGACAAAGCUAUACAAAAACAAAAUAAACGGAAAAUAUAAAGACGUUGUCAAUAAUAAUGACAUUAUCACAAUAACCGCGGAAAAUGAAGAUGAAGGUGAUAAAAAUACUAAUACAGAUAACAAUGAAAAUAAUAGUAUUACCGAGCUAUUUACAAAUUUUGGUGCUCUUUUGCAAAAUGUGGUUGAUAGCGCUAACGAUAAUGAUACACCGCCUGAAGGAAAAAAAGAUUCCGAUAAGAAAACUUACAAAGAAAUUGCAAAUUCUUUAGAAAAUCACAAUCAAGUACCUAAAAAUAAAGGUCUCCAACAAAUAGUAAACAUCGUUAAAUUUUUCCAAGAUAAAGUUGGAGAAAAAACCCUAAAACAAAACAAGAAUAAAUGUAAUAAGAAAGAACACCAAUCUCGGUUCCAUAUUAAAGAUAGGGAUGAAAAGUAUAAACAGAAACAAGAAAAAACAUAUAGUUCUAAAGCAUGGUGGUCUAAAGACCAAAAUGAUAUAAAUUAUCCAAAUUUUGGGUCUCAAGAUCAAAAGUUUGAUAAAUCAGCUUCUAAAAUAAAUGAUGAUUACUUGGAGAUACAUAUUAACAAUCUGAAAGAUUUAAUUGAUAGAAAUGAUUUGGGCUUAGAAAAGUAUGACUGGCUGGGAACAACUGUUCUUAUUCGAGCUGGUUUAGAAAAAAUACAAGAUAUAACAGAAAGGAAACUACAUGGUAGAAAACUACAUGAUUUAGAUCAAAAACUCCUAAAAUUUGCCAUGGAACUUUAUGAAACAGCCAAAAAAGUAAUGGAAUUACAAGCUAAUGCGCAGAAUUUGUCACGAAGGCAAGGAAAAAAAGUCUCUUCCCAAACACGUAUGUUAAAAAAAAGGAAGGAUUUAGAUAUAUUUAAGGCGUUACUUGGCGCGGACUUAUCCCAAAUAUUAGAGUCGAUAUCCAAAAUUAAUGCUGAGGAAUUUAAGGAGUUCUUGGAUUGUCUCGAUAUGUGCUUAAAUGACUUCCAUUUCGCAAUAAAACAAGUAUCACUAAUCUCCACAUACAAGAAACAGCGUUGGUUUCAAAAUAUAAAGCGGCUAUAUCUACAAUCCGCGGAUGACAAAGAAUACUUGGAACUUUUCUUACAUCUGGUGAUGGCAAGAUUAAUGGACCUGAUAGACGCGAGAUUCAAAAAGAUGAUCUCAGAAGAUGACUUCUUGAAGAGAGAUAAAGUGGCGAUGGACAGGAUUGAAGUGGAAUUUGUACUGGCGAUAAAGAUUUGUAACAAGUUAAUGGAAAUAAAGCAAUAGAUGA